AUGGCCCUCCUGCUGCCUCUGCUCAUGGCCCUGGUGCCACUCAGCUGGGGCCCUGCUGGCUCUCUGGGCUGUGUCCUGCCUCACAGCCACGUCCUGGUCAGCAGGAGGAACCUGGAGCUGCUGGGCCAGAUGAGGAGAGUGUCCCCGUUGUCCUGUCUGCGGGACAGAAGAGACUUCGGCUUCCCCUGGGAGGCGGUGGCCGACGGCCAGUUGCAGAAGGCCCCGGCCCUGUCUGCGCUGCACGAGAUGCUCCAGCAGCUCUUGCAGCUCUUGCUGAGAGAGGGCUCGGCGGCCGCCUGGAGCCCGGCCCUCCUGGAGCCGCUGCGCACGGGGCUGCACCGGCAGCUGGAAGACCUGGACUCGUGUUUGGUGCAGCUGAGUGCAGACGAGGGCUCUGCCCCUGGCCUCUGGGGCUCCACCGUGGCCAUGAAGAGGUACUUCCGGGGCAUCGCUCGCUACCUGCGAGAGAAGAAAUACAGCGAGUGUGCGUGGGAGGUGGUCAGAUUGGAAAUCAUGAGAUCCCUGACGCUCUCGGCAGCCUUGCAAGGAAGGUGGAGCAUUAAGGAUGAAGACCUGGAGUCAUCGGGAACUGCACCUCAAUCAGGAACAUGA